AUGAGAAUAGUUAUUAAUUCACAAUGUAAGAAGAUAUCUAACUCUAGCAUAUUAUUUUUAAUACCAACAUCAAUUAUACCAACAAGAUUAGAUAAUAAUAAUAAUAUAAUUUAUGUUACACCAUAUAAACAUUAUAUAGGUAUAUCAGCUCAAUAUCCAGCAGGAUUGGGUGUAACGAAAAUAACCACUGGAUACUACAAGGAUGACCCAUCACAAGGAAAUGAAUUUACUUUGCAAGCAACUUGUAACCCGACGACAGGAGUUUGCACAUACUUUAAUAAUUCAAUUUCAUCGGCUGCAUCACCACUAGGUGAAGCAUGGGCACCAAAAUAUGGUUAUUAUCAAUACAAAGUAGGAUCCGAUGCUCAUUCCUAUUUUUAUGAUACCGAACCUACAGAAAUUGCUGCCUUGCCAACACCUACUUUUACAGUCUCACCAUACGACACGAUUCCACCAGAAUUGAUAGAAGUGCAACCAUAUGACUAUGUUGAAUAUGAUUCAGUUGAUAAUAUUUAUACCUAUAGUUCAUUUGAUACUUCUGGAAAUGAUUGUCAGGUCAAGCUCAUCGUUCAUAUCUCUGACAAUUAUUAUGGCCCCUAUCAAGUUGGCUAUGGUGAUACUCCCAACAUGAACAUGUAUGCAACAAUUGAUCCAAGUUUAUUGGAAGAGCCAAUGGUAUUAGGUUUACUUUAUGAAUACACCAAUUCAAAUGGAAUCAAUACAGUUAGUAAUUACCAAAUGCAACCAGAAACACUAGAUAUUGUAUAUUACCAAAGAAAAAUCAUUUAUUCUCCUAGUGGUAAUAUUACUGCCUAUAAACAAUUACAUUCUAUUGACGGUGGAACAGAUUACAAUGUAUAUGUAUUUGUGGAAAGUAUCAUGGGAACGUUAAAAGUUACUCGUACUCUACCAACUCCACCUUCAUUACGUCCAAUGAUACAAGGAACCAAUCGAGUAUUUGCCACUCCAUACAAUACUAUGCUUAAUUUAGAUCCAACUGGAACUUCAUUAAACAUUAGAUUAAAAAUUGUAUUGACUGCCACCACCUGCAAUCUAUUGGUCUAUGUAUUGAUUGCAGGUGUUGAUGGAGUUUUAUUACAAGAUCGUAAUCCAACUGCUCUAUGUAUUGAUGACAGCAACUAUUUGGUUGAAUUUAAAUUCUAUCGUAAUAUUGGAAAUGUUAAUAUCUAUCUAUACGAUGUCUAUGGUCAGAGUGAUUCUCUAGAGACUACAUUUGACCUCGAACAACCACCAACCAGUAUUAUAUUUGGUGACGAUCCAGUAUGCACCCAAACCGAGGCAUUCUUGUUAUCGAGUCCAUCGACCAAUGUCACUCAAAUCAAUGUUCAAGCACCAUUUAAAACAUUGCAACCGCAACUACGUCAAAUCUAUUUACGUCACUUUUUGGAUGGGACAAUUAUUGGCAAUACAUUGUAUAGCAAUAAUGAUCCAGCCGAUUUUUCCUAUGGACUUAUCAACUAUCCAUUUGGUUAUUCUUCUGGUAAUACUCGUGAAGGUAUUAUAAAGUAUACUACCUAUCUUCCAAAGUUGCCAAGAUCCAUUGCUGGAAAUUCUUUUGAUUUUGGUGAAUCUCAAACAGAAAACACUCAAUACCUUGGUGAAGUCUCUGGAUUGGUUACAGACAUUCAUAAUCGUAAUCCACCCAUGUUGGCUUCAUUCUCUAUGCAAUUCAAUUCAGGACUACUUGCAGACUAUACCUUUUCAGUUGAAGAUGUUGAAGGUAUAUUGUAUUGUAAUAUUUCAAUUGGCGCCUACACCCAAAAGUUUACAAGAUCACAAAUAGACACUGGAUCAACAUUUAGAAAUCCUUCAUUCACAGGAUCAUUCCAAGUGAAUCCUGCAUUUUGUGGAUACCCAGUUGAAAUUGCUUGUCGUAAUACUCGUCUCGAAACAUUGUACACUAAAAGUGGUGAUCUCUACCUUGAAGGUUCGAGUGGAAACACUCUUCGUAUCAAAUUGGUAGAUUGUUUACGUGCAUCUACAAGUUACCCAAUUCCAAUCCAUUUCAAGUAUGCAACCGAUCCAACAGACAAGUCUAAAUAUAAUUUCGAAGUGCUUAUAUACCAAGAGGUAUUGUCAACGCUGACAUCUGCCACAUUGACCCUUACAUCUAUUGACUCCUCAGAGGUACCACAAACCAUUUCAUUAAGCAGAGAUGUUACAUCUUUGAGUACUGAAUGGAUGGUUUAUAAAGGUCAAUUGAUAUUGUCAUCCACUCCACAACUUUCAUCGACAGCGGUCCCAAGUUUAGAUUUAGAAUAUGGAAGUGGUCAAUCAACAACUUAUACAUUUGAAGAAUUUACAUACCUUACAACAACACAAAUUGGUGAUUAUUUCGACUCAUCCAACGGAUUGGUAAAGUUAUAUUCACCAACCGACCAACAUGCUCCACAAUUUGUUUCAGUCUAUCAUACCAAUGGUGAAAGUCAAGGUGAAAUCAUAGUCUAUGUCGACUUUGACGAUGCUAGUGAUAUCGAGUAUGCCACCAUCAAUGUAUUUGAUAGAAAGGAACCAUCAGUUGAACAAGUCCUUUCACAAUCAGUUGCAACUUUUGUCGAUGGAAACAUUAAAACCUUUAUGUUCCAAUUCAAUGCCAAUCUAGCUUGUGGAGCAGCCGACACAUUCUACUAUGUAUCUUUUGCACGUGACGUUUACAAUAAUUAUCAAACUUGGACACCAUCAGACAUUAGUUCAUUCUCUAACCAAACUCUUUGGAAUGGCAACCAAAUUACCUAUACCAGUCUCCCACCAUCGCUACUUCAAUUUGAUUUUGAACCAAAAAUGAUAAACUCUGCCAAAGAUGAUGAAUCGAGUCGAUCAGUCUAUUUUACCAUGACAGUUAUGACAAACGGUCAAAUCAUGUCUGAAACUAGCUCCCCCAUUCUCUACCUAUCGGAAUUAUUGUAUAUUGAACCUGUAACAUGUACAUUUACUCUACUGGGUCAAAACAAUACGAUUGCAGAGUACGAAUGUUCUUUGGUUGUUCCCAAAAACUAUGGUUUGAAUGGUGUUACAAUGUCAGUGUAUGGAAUUCAAAAUACAUGUGGUCAAUUUGUUGGCUACAGUAAUAUUGACCUUGCAUCUGGAGGUUAUCCAAACUUUUUAUCGAUCAAAGAUGUAGAUCCUGUCAAUCUAGAACUUUCCCAAAUGCGUUACACUGAUCGUGUUAUCACAGUCUUGGGUGAUGAUCUUUCUCUCGCCACUGCUACCGACUUUUUGGUUUAUGGACAGUCGGAAAAUACUGUUAUCCCAUCUGUUUUGGCUCAACUUGGAUUGACCAUGACAACCAAUAGUCAAAGUAGACAAUCAUACAACUUUACAUUCCACCCAAUCAACCAAACUACAGUCCUUCUCAAUCUGACAGACGACUCUCCACUUUUGAAUCCAGAUGCACCAGUCUAUGUAGAGUAUCUUGGUGAUGCAUACCUAUUACAAGUAAAUGUAUGUCCAAACAAUUGUAAUGGUUUGAAUGGCGAUUGUCAAUUGGAUGGUCAAUGUCAAUGUACAAGUUCAUGGAUUGGUGAGGACUGUUCGGUUGGUAAUAAUGUUAGUUGUCCUGUUGACCUAUCGAACUCUGAAAUAUGUAGUGGUAUUGGAUUGUGUAGUCUAUCGAAAACAUGUAUGUGUCCAGUCGGAUACAAUGGACCGGCUUGUGAAUACCCCAAUCCCGAUCCAUACGACAUGACCAUCUUGAUUGAUCAAACUAGACCCAAGGUGACCUACACCAACCUCGACAAGAUCGAUCAACAAGCCAAGUAUGGUCAAUCCAACUUUACAGUUGCCUUUGAGUCAAUUCGUGAAUUGGAUCUUGACGAUGUGAUGGUCAAAGAAACCUUUUUCAAAGACAUGCAAUUCCAAGACAAUACCACUACUGGCGCCAAUCCAGUCUACACCUAUACUGGGUCGUUGGCUGGAUCGAUUGUGAUUGAAUUGACACAAUUUACCAAUUACACGAUUCUCGAUUGGAGAGGAGAAAACACAACCAUGCAAUCAAACACUAUUAAAUACUCUAUCAACCUAUCCAACUAUCCAUUUGCAUCACGUCUCAAUCGUAUACAACUUACAUGGAGAUCGAGUGCUGUCAUUGAUCGAUUGGAUGGAUGCGAGUACACUUUCCCAACCCAAUCAAUCGUUGGUGGAUCCAUGCAAGAUAUGCGUUACUUUUCCAUGCCACUCCAUGCCACCUCUCUCUAUGGAAGGUUCCCCAACACUAUCUAUCUAGACAAUCGCGCAACCUUUGCCUCUAAUAGAGUAUUGGAACAAGUAAAUGGUACCACCCAACUAGAUGCAGGUUACUUAGUUGCAAUUGAACUUCCAUAUCAUCAAACGGCAUCAAUCGACCCUGAUUUCUCGGUACUACUCGGUAAACAUUCCAAUCCAGAACAAUAUCUAAAUUGUCAAUCAGACAGCUCUGAGAAUAAUAGUAUUACUUGGAAGAUUGCUGUUGGUGUAGUUGUAGGUGUAGUUGGUCUUGCUGCAAUCAUUGCCGGUGCCAUUUACUAUUCAAAACAUUCAACCAAAGGAAAAAUAUUUGUUCACAAAAUGAAAUCAAUUUCAAAAAGAAAAUUAUCUUUUCGUUCAACAAAUUUUAACGAACCCAAAUAA